CUGCAAGCAAAACGGGGGGCGGCGAGUCCAGCACGCACGUCGCCCGGCUUUGCCCUGCGCUCACGUUUUUUUUUUCUCUUCCUCAACAGCUUUCACUUUUCUUGUACUUUUAACCGUCUCCCUAGCUCUGUCAUGCAUUUUGGAUGGCGCGGAUGCCAAGGCGUAAACUUUCUAAGAAGAGAGUUGCGGCGCGCAGAUCGCGCCAUAACCGCAGCGAACGCGUUUGACGUUAAGUUGACAAUAUGAUCCGAAUCGGGAUUUUGUCUGCGUUGCAGACAUCGAGCGAGUAGUCUGCUCUGUGGUCAUGGACUAUGGAGGCUCAAAGUCUGUCCGUGAACGCGGUGUCCUACACUGUGGCGGCUGAGCAGAGUCCGAUCGACGACGACCCGUUCGUCGGACCCAUCAAGAACAUCGCGCAAUGGAACUUCACCAUUUUGGCGCUGCUCAUGUUUGUAGUCACUUCUCUUUCUCUGACCGAAAACUUCCUGGUUAUGUUUGCCACAUACAAGUUCAAACAACUCAGACAGCCACUGAACUACAUCAUAGUCAACUUGGCCAUAGCUGACUUUUUAGUCUCCCUCACAGGAGGACUAAUAAGUUUCCUGACAAAUGCCAGAGGUUAUUUCUUCCUUGGACGUUGGGCUUGUGUGGUGGAGGGCUUUGCUGUCACUUUUUUCGGAAUUGUUGCCCUGUGGUCUUUGGCCAUUCUGUCCUUCGAACGAUUCUUCGUGAUCUGUCGACCUCUGGGCAACAUUCGACUGCAAGCCAAACACGCCGUCAUGGGUCUGCUCUUUGUCUGGAUCUUUUCCUUCGUUUGGACCUUCCCGCCGGUGCUGGGCUGGAACAGAUAUACCGUCAGCAAGAUUGGAACAACCUGCGAGCCUGACUGGUAUUCAUCCAACAUCACUGACCACAGCUACAUCAUUACCUUGUUCUCCACUUGUUUCAUUCUGCCUCUUGGACUAAUCUUCUUCUGCUAUGGGAAGCUACUGCGGAAGCUCCGGAAGGUGUCCCACGGUCGUCUGGCCAAUGCCAGGAAGCCCGAGCGCCAGGUGACCCGGAUGGUGAUAGUGAUGAUUAUAGCAUUCAUGGUGGCAUGGACACCAUAUGCUGUAUUUGCUAUACUGGUUACAAUUCAUCCAAACAUUGAAUUGGAUCCAAGGUUGGCUUCCAUUCCUGCAUUCUUCUCCAAGACAGCUGCGGUGUACAACCCAAUCAUCUACGUGUUCAUGAACAGACAGUUCCGGAAGUGCAUCAUCCAGCUCUUCACCGGCAUCGUGGCCGUGCCAGAAAGCAACUUGAACCAGACGUCAGAGCGACCAGGAACAACUGCGGACAGUCAAACAGGAGAAAUGGCUGCCAUUGCGGCCCGUAUACCGGUAUCGCCCAGGUCUGAAGAUUCUCCGACUGACUGUGGCUCCUUUGCUCAACUCCCUAUCCCAGAGAACAAAGUAUGUCCAAUGUAACAGCGACGAAGAGCGGGUCUACUCCAGCAUGCAUUUCCUUGGUAAAAAAAAAAAAACAAACAAAAUUCUUGCCGUACCGGAACUUUGGACCAUACCGGUAUUCGUUUUCAUUCUUGGAAGGAGUUGUUGAGCUCAAGAUAUCAAGGCUAACCUUUUGUACUUCACAUGCAGUCAACGAGGAAACAAAAGUUCAAAAGCAAAUGAAGCUUUCUGCUGAUGCGCAUUGAAGCAGUUGGCUCAAAAUGUUAUUUGCAUUAACCCAAACUAUUAAUAGGAAAGAAACUGUGCAGAUAGGAAAGCUUUAGCCAUUAGAUACCUUGUAAAGAUGAGCUUGCCUUAUAUUUGUUUCUUACUGGUGGCUGUCUUUGUCGUUCUGCUGAACACACAUGCACAACUUGCAGUGUGCCACAAAAUGCAACCUGCACUUUAAUCGACUUAAUAGACUUUCAUACUGUAUCUCCAUGCGAAUAGAAGCUUCUGGAAAAAUCACAGCAUAUGUUAGUUUCGGGCUCGUCAACACUAUUCAAAUCAAAUCCCCCAAUUCUGCCCUUCAUCGACUCAAUUUCCUUUGUUUUUCAUGCCCUGAGGCCCUACGGAGGAAGCAUUGUUUUACUAUGCUGUUUUAGUACUUUGGCAGCGCAUCUUCAGUCAAAUCCACACGUCAAAAAAGUUAGAAAACCCCGUUUGGAUUUGUAGACUUUUUUUUUUGUUCAGACUGUGUUGACUUGUGACGGGCAAUACUUUCAUCUGUGCUGCAGUUGGUCCCUAUUGCCUCGACUGCUGAGAUACAAGGGCAAUAUGCACAAUGCGGUGAAGAUGCGAUCAACAAGCACACAAAGAUGCACACAACAAACACCUCGCCCCACAUAUAUCAGCUAUGGUAACGUAUUUUCCACCCUAAAAGGCGCACUGGAUUAUGAGGCGCACCUUCAAUGAAUGGCCUAUUUUGUAAUUUUUUUCAU